AUGGCUAUCAUCGCUGUCGCCGGAGGCGCCGGAAAGCUCGGUCGCGCAAUCGUUGAAGCGAUUGUUGAACAGGGCCAGCAUACCGUAGUUAUCUUGGCUCGAGAGGCUAAAGAUGUACAAGGAGUCAAGGUUGUCAGCGUCGACUACACCAACACCGAUGAGCUUGCAGCCACGCUUGAGACCAACAGCAUUGAGACUGUCAUAUCCACUAUCAACUCUAUGGACGACGUCUCUGCUGAGCUGAGCUUGAUCAAAGCAGCUGAGCAGUCGGGAUCUACCAAAAGAUACAUCUCUAGUAUCUGGGGCAUUAAAAACAACGAAGAGAUCGCAUCUUAUUUCCCUAUCGCUCGGGCCAAGCUCAAAGUCAUUGCCGCCUUGGAAGCAACCUCGAGCCUCGAGUAUACGACUGUGUACAACGGCUACUUUGCUGACUACUGGGUACUCCCCAAGGUCAAGUCUUACCAAAGCCCUAUCGCUCUGGUAGUCGACAUCGAAAACAAUUUUGCCGCUAUUCCAGGGUCUGGCAACGAGCUCGUGACCUUUACCCACACCUUUGACGUCGCUCGCUUUGUCGCAGCAGUCGUUGGGGCUCCCAAGUGGGACAAGGAAUCCUACAUCAUUGGGGACAAGGUUUCGUGGAAUCAAUUCGUCCAGUACGCUGAAGAGGCCAAGGGUGUGAAGUUCACCAUCAAGCACGACUCGAUUGAGGAUCUCAAGGCUGGUAAAAUAACAGAGUUGCCGUCUCACCCGCACCUGUACCCUUUCUUCCCCAAGCCGAUGCUGCAGGGCUUUUUUGCAGCUUUUGGCCGCAUGUUUAUUGAGGGGGCGUUUGACCUCAAGCCUGAGCGUACUCUCAAUGAGGAGUUCCCUGAGGUCAAGGCGCGAAAGAUCAGGGACCUUCUCUUUGAGGCUUGGGGACAGUAG